UGGUUGGCGCUGUGCGGUGCGCCUGUGGGUCGCGGCCAGCGUCAUGGGCUCGGACAAGCGCGUGAGCAGGACGGAGCGGAGCGGCCGCUACGGCUCCAUCGUGGAGAGAGAGGACCGCGAUGAGCGGGAGUCUCGGAGUCGACGCAGGGACUCGGACUAUAAGCGGUCCAGCGAGGAGCGCCGCGGCGACCGCUAUGAUGACUACCGCGACUACGACAGUCGGGACUACGACAGUCGCGACUACGACAGUCGCGACAGCCGGGACUGCCGCGACUACCACCGUCGCGACUACGCCAGUCGCGACAGCCGGGACUGCCGCGACUACCACCGUCGCGACUACGCCAGUCGCGACAGCCGGGACUGCCGCGACUACCACCGUCGCGACUACGCCAGUCGCGACAGCCGGGACUGCCGCGACUACCACCGUCGCGACUACGCCAGUCGCGACAGCCGGGACUGCCGAGACUACGACAGUCGCGAUAGUCGAGAUUAUGACAGUCGGGACUACGACAGAGAUUACGACAGCCGCGACUACGACAGCCCCGAGAGGGAGCGGGAGCGCAGGAAUAGUGACAAAUCAGAAGAUGGGUACCAUUCCGAUGGCGACUAUGGAGAGCAUGACUACAGGAAUGACAUUAAUGAUGAGAAAGAAAGCAAGACCAUCAUGUUACGUGGCCUUCCCAUCACUGUUACAGAAAAUGAUAUUCGGGAGCUUAUUGAGUCCUUUGAAGGUCCUCAGCCUGCAGACGUGAGGCUGAUGAAAAGAAAGACAGGUGUAAGCCGUGGUUUCGCCUUCGUGGAGUUUUAUCACUUUCAAGAUGCUACCAGCUGGAUGGAAGCCAAUCAGAAAAAGCUGGUGAUUCAGGGGAAGCAGAUUGCGAUGCACUACAGCAACCCCAGGCCUAAGUUUGAGGACUGGCUUUGUAACAAGUGCUGCCUUUAUAACUUCAGAAGGAGGCUAAAAUGUUUCCGUUGUGGAGCGGACAAGUUUGAUUCGGAACAGGAGGUACCACCAGGAGCAGCAGAAGCCGUUCAGUCCGUGGAUUAUUACUGUGAUACCAUCAUUCUCCGAAACAUUGCUCCUCACACAGUAGUGGAAUCCAUCAUGACUGCCUUGUCUCCGUAUGCCUCUCUGGCGGUGAAUAACAUUCGUCUCAUCAAAGACAAACAGACUCAGCAAAACAGAGGCUUUGCGUUUGUGCAGCUGUCCUCUGCCAUGGAUGCUUCUCAACUGCUGCAGAUUUUACAGAGUCUUCAACCACCGUUAAAAAUUGAUGGCAAAACAAUUGGCGUUGACUUUGCAAAGAGUGCCAGAAAAGACUUGCUUCUCCCAGAUGGGAACAGGGUCAGCGCUUUCUCUGUGGCCAGUACAGCUAUUGCUGCAGCUCAGUGGUCAUCUACACAGCCACAGACUGGAGAAGGCACCAUUGACUACAGCUACCUUCAGUCAGGGCAGGAUGGUUACACGCAGUAUGCGCAGUACUCCCAGGAUUAUCAACAGUACUACCAAAAUCAAGGAGGAGUGUUGGACACAGAUCAGCUACCAUAUCAGGAGCUCCAGUCACUACUACCACAGCAGCAGUUGUGUCCCAGAGUCCUCAGUUAUAUAAUCAACAGACAAACUCACCUGAUUCCCCGACACAGGCGGCUCCAGCUACUGCUAGCACUCAGGUGCAAGCAGCUGGCCAACUGGUGUAGUCCCUGGCACCAAGUACGACAUUUGUCUGAAUUUAACUGGAAUGACCAUGCCCCAUCUUUUGUUUUUAUAGCUGUUCCUGAUACCUCCACUUACCAAUAUGAUGAAUCUUCAGGAUAUUAUUAUGAUCCCAUAACAGGGCUUUAUUAUGACCCUAACUCCCAGUAUUACUACAAUGCCUUAACCCAGCAAUAUCUCUACUGGGAUGGUGAAAAGGAGACCUACAUGCCUGCUGCAGAAGGUAUAACAUACCAGCAGACAGCUACUGCAACUACCACCAAAGAAGUGAAGGAGAAGAAAGAGAAGCCUAAGAGUAAAACAGCUCAGCAGAUCGCUAAAGACAUGGAGCGUUGGGCAAAGAGCUUGAACAAGCAGAAAGAGAACUUCAAGAACAGCUUCCAGCCUCUAAGCACCAGAGAGGAAGAGCUUGGUGCAGGCUUUGCCCUCUUUGAGAAAAAGGGAGCUCUGUCUGAGAGACAACAGAUCUUGCCAGAAGUGAUCAAAAAUGGGGAAGAUGAGAAUCCACUCAAGCGGGGCCUGGUGGCCGCCUACAGUGGCGAUAGUGAUAAUGACGAGGACUUGUUGGAAAGAAUGGAGAAUGAAGAAGAAAAGCUGACUGACUGGAAGAAAAUGGCUUGUCUGCUGUGCAGAAGGCAGUUCCCAAACAAAGAUGCUCUCAUCCGGCACCAGCAACUGUCUGACUUGCACAAGCAAAACAUGGAUAUCUAUAGGAGAUCAAAGCUUUCAGAGCAGGAACUCGAGGCUUUGGAGCUACGUGAGCGAGAGAUGAAAUACAGGGACAGAGCUGCUGAGAGGCGGGAGAAGUAUGGCAUCCCAGAGCCUCCUGAGCCAAAACGCAAGAAGGUCUAUGAUGCGGGCACAGUUAAUUAUGAGCAGCCCACUAAAGACGGCCUUGACAAUAGUAAUAUUGGCAACAAGAUGCUCCAGGCCAUGGGCUGGAGGGAAGGUUCAGGUUUGGGGAGGAAAUGUCAGGGCAUCACUGCACCCAUUGAGGUAAGUAGAAGGAUGAGAGGAGCUGGCUUGGGGGCCAAGGGGAGUUCCUAUGGUGUCUCCACAGCAGAUUCCUACAAAGACGCGGUGCGGAAAGCCAUGUUUGCCCGCUUCACAGAGAUGGAGUAA